GUCGGUGGUAAUGUUCCUCACGAGAGCGCAUCGAAAUCCAAAGAUUAUUCUACCAAAAAGUAUUCCAGUGAAAUCGAUUCUAAAAUGAAGAAUUAUCAGAUACAAUCCGAUUACAAAGAACCUUCGGUGAACAGCCAGGACUACAAGGCAAGGAAUAGCACACAAAUGAACAAUUUGUCGUCGAGUACUCAACAUUCACGACCGGCAUCACGGAACGAUAAUACAGCAUUUGCUGUAGCUAGAAAGGCUUUGGAGCAACAGAAUCCGGCAUCGAAAAUGGCACCGAUUAAUUUCCCACCGUUACGUGCCCCUCAGAGCAUCGUAAACGUUCGUCAUCCGUUCGUGACCGAAGCAAGAACCAAGCACAACGAGAUAGCUGGUCCAAACACGAAAUCGAAACUGAACGUAGCGUGUUCCUUGCAAAGUGGUGUGAAAGAGUUGGAUCACAGCCGGCAAACGUUUCAUAGUUACGGUACGUCGCAAAUAGCUGGAAUUCCAAAUGUUCAAAGUUUAAGCAACGUUACAGCAAACAUGUCGCCUUAUCCUAGACCAGAAAGUUUUCCUCAACCGACCGUUGCUAGUGUGCUAUUCCCAGACACUUCUCAGUUCCCUCAGUCACCUCCGUUCAGUACAACGCAAAUUGGACAAUUGAAUCAGUAUCAGACGUACGAUCCUGGAAGCUUCGCGACUACACCGGUGAACGUGAAUCCAGUAAUCCCUCAGUUUUCCGCAGAAAGUUCGAUCCCGUAUCCGCAAUACGAUAAUCCUCCUCAAUUCGUGCAACCGAAUCAUUAUCCGACAGCGGAUAUAGCGAACAGUCAGUAUCAGUAUCAGGCAGCAAGUGUUGGACAAUUACAGGACUCGCCGAUGUUCAUUCAGAGCUUGCAGAGUCCGAUUGCUGUAACUGAUCAGUAUGCUGCUCCUAAUUACGCCAGAACUGUUAGGACAGAAUUGAUACCACGAUUGAGGAGGCCGCCACGAUUCAACAAGUAAAAAUGAUUUUUUUUCCACUCGAUGAUAUGUAUAUAUACAUAUUCUUAAACGAUAUUUCGUAACCGUGAAAGGGUGAGCAUCGAAUUGCAUGAAAAUUUGCCAAUUUACUUGACUGCACUAUUGAUAAAUUACAUGGAGAGGAUGUGGUAAAAGUUAUUUCAAUUUCUGAUCCAUUUUGAAAUAAAUUUUAACCAGUCUGCAUGAAUCGAUGUAAGUAUUAAAGUGACGGCUGGUAUUUUGGCAAAGUUGCACGCGUAAAAAAAAAAAGAAAAGACAGAAAAAGACAAACAAAUGUUGCCUGAAAUGGUUUUAUACGUUAUACAGAAGAUCAAAUAAAAAGAAAAAUCAUUUUCACUUGUUUCUAUCAUUAUUUGAUGUGUGACAUGGCAGGACACAGUGAGUUGAACUCGAUUAUAAUUUUAUCAUGUAACUUAUCUAAUAUUGUGGAGAAAUGAAGGAAAGAGACGAUUGCAUGCAGUUUGUUAAAUUGUACAUAAAAUUAUGAUUGUUAAUAAGAAUAGUUUGUAAUUAUAUAGAAUAGGGUGAACCGAUUUCAAUGGGUUUGAUACAUAUUGUAAGGGUCAAUGUUACGAGUAACUUUGCCUACGAAAUAUGAAUGUUUUCCUCUGCGAUAUGAAUUUUAUUUUUUAUUUUAUAUGCGAAAAAUCUUCGAACGAUACAAUAUACGAUGGCAAAAAUUACUCAGGGAACUGAUGUUUAUAACGUACCAUCAAGAUUUGUUGAAAUCAUUCAGGUUUACUUUGUUCUAUAUAAUUAUCGAAUAGUCUCAUUUCUAUAAAUACGUAGUAAGAUGAGAAACGGUUCUGUACAAAUUUGUUUUCGUCGAGAUUGACUCAUUGAAAGCAAAUUUGUCGUAGCAAGUGGAGCAGAGCCCACAGUCAUAUAAUGCAUGUGAAAAUCCAUGAGGAUUUGUGAAAUAAGAAAGGAAGAAAGAAGAAAAGAAGUAUAAGAAGAAGGAAAAGGAAAAUACAGAAGCAACUGGAUGAUUAUUAUUAUUAUUAUAAUACGAUAAGUCCUAGUUUUAAUGAAUGGUAUUCUACAAGCUAUACUUUGCAUAGAAUUAGUGGAGGUUUUCCAAUAUUUGAAUAUUAAUUAGCUUAUCGCUAUGUUUUUAAUGUGCUUCACUAUCUAUAUAUCGGAUGGCGGUGUAACGAUGUUCAUUGCAAUGCGAUGGAAAACGAUGAAAACACGUUAACAAAGUGGUAUUUUAAAAGGGAAGAAAAUUAGAAUUUCUCUCUCUCGUCGAAUCCUAUUCGCUUAAUUUGAACAUCGUAUCUCCACCGAGGCGUAUGCACAGUGCAAACGUAGCUUUCGGCGAUCCGAGUAUAAACAAAUGUAUAUGAAAGCGAUCGCGUUAAACUAACGAUAUAAUCUUUCAGUGGUGUAUGUUUUUUCCUUUAAUAUGGUAGCUCAUAAACUCAUAAGCAUCAUAUAUUAAAUAUGCGUAAGGAUUAAUCGUUAAGAAUUUUUCUUCACUAAGGUACACAUCUCGUACAAUGGAAACUAUAUACUCGUGUGUAUUGAAUUUUUCAAUUGCCUAAGUGCGUCAACGUCACCGGAUCAGACAUUUAUAACGUAUAGAAAGAAGAAAGGGAUGAAUAACAUCGCGAAAGAUACAUAAAUAAGUGAUAGACGCGUUGCGUAGCAAUGCACUUAAAUCAUAAAUUGAACUUUAUCGUCCAAUUUAUGGAUUAUAUGAACGAUGGAGAAAAAUAUUCCUUUAACGACGAAUCAGAGCGAAAAAGGAACAUCGAUCACCGAAUACUGAGAAUUUUUCUUCGGUUAAAGCCUAGAGUCUGUGUGUGCAUACGCAAUUUCGUCCACCAACGAUAUCUCUUAUUUUCAAAAUAAUAAUUACAUAAAUGUUAGCGUGUCGUAUUCUUUCUUUGAAUUCAAGCGCAUAUUGUUUCAAUUUUAAUUGAAAAAGCGAGUCGAAAGUGAACGUAAAAUGCAAAUAAGAAGUGAAAUUUCACGUAUGAAAUAGUGUAUGCAUACUGUGGGAUCGUUGACUCGAUUUAACGAUGAGUAGUGAAACUGCGACCAACGUUGAAUAUAUUGAUAGUACAAAAACGUUCGUUUUUUUUUUUUUUCUUUUUUUGUAAAAGUAAGGCGUCGCAGAGGGCACGCGUGGAAUGAAUGAGAGAGAACGAGAAGAGCGUGAGUGGUACGAUGUUUGAUGACACACGAGUGGUCCGACAAGCCGAUGAGAUCAAUGAAAUUACUCGAAAGCGAUAAUGUCUCCAGAAUUCCUGGUUGGAGCAUAUUUCAUACAUACUUUUGGAAAAUAGGCAUUACUUACAUGCAAAGUAUAGAAUGUGUAUGCGUGUAGACAAAAGUUGAUUGUUAGGUUGAUACCGCAGACGAUUAUUUCUUUAAACAUGAGAAACAAAGAUAUUAAAGAAGAUGAUUGAUUCAUUUCGAGCGAAUUGAAAUGAAAUGAUCGAUAUGGGUGAUGAUAAUAUUUUCUUAUUGUAAUUAUUUUAUUUAUUUUUCUUUAGAGUUUGUGGAAUUAGAAAAGCUCGUUGUGCCUUUUGUUUCAAUUUCGUUUCUCAUUUUUCUGACUGUAGAGCGCUGCUUCGCGUGGUGAGAAUCUGACUAAUGUAUUUUUCGUGUGUAAGCGAUUCAUUUUCUUUUUCUUUUUUUUUUUUCUUUAGUGUCAAUAGAUAUUAGAUUCGUCGCGAAUCAUGAAUUCGGAUGACAAAACGAAUGAAAUACCGAACGACGUAUCGUCAUUGAAACGCGACGAAAUUGUUUGGACUCGCCAGUUUCUAAGGGAACAUAACGUCGUAGGAUGUGAAAUUAGAAGAGGACGGUCUGCUGAAUAUCUACUCGGAGAAUCGACCUUUUUUUCUAAACAAAACAGAUUGUUUUUAUAUUUUGUUCGUUAAAAAAAUUAAAGUUUACGACGGUACGGUCUUGCGGGGGUUCGUAAUGCUUCAAAUUGGAACUAUAUCUUUUUUAUUUUAAUAUUCUUUUCCAAUUCUUUUUUGUUGUCAUUGAUGUUGAUGU